ACUUGUCCGGAGUCCUGGAGUCAUCACCCGAGAGCUACAAGAAGAGGGACGAAGAGACCAGCUGACCCUGUUCAGUACCAUGAACAGCUCCCAGCUCCUGUUCCAUCUACUGUGUGCAAGUGUCCUUCUCUUCUGCGUCUGCCACGGCCAGUCCUCCAGGGAAAUCUCCUCCGAAGACUUUGAUGCCAAAAAAAUCGCCACAUCGUCUGAGAAAGAGCUGGUAGAGGCAAUGGAAGAGUUGUUAGGAAAAUUUCAGGACAGGUACCCUGUCUAUCAGAAGAGAGCCCAGAUUCCGAUGUGUGACAUUGGGGAGAGAUGUGCAGUGAAGCAAGGACCCAGAAUUGGCAAGCUGUGUGACUGCUCCCGCGGAUCUUCCUGCAACUCUUUCCUGUUGAAGUGCAUAUGAAGAGAAUACACGUCAUUUGCAGCCCUUGUGUUUACAGACCACAUAGUACCAACCCUUGUAAAGAGAUCAACAACUCCAUUGCUUGCCUGUUUAUACCGCUCCUGUUUACUUCAAAGCAAGCUCAUCUUCUAUCAGUACUAAAAGAAGAAGACACUAGAGGCAAGAUGCAAGAUCACUGACAUUAAACUAGUUUCCAGAAUAGCUUAGUUUUUAUGUCUCAUCCUCUAUGUCAGAUUAUACUUUAUUUCCUAGUGAAUGUAUUAAGUUAUUUAAGAUAUCACACUUACCUUGUAAUAUUGACUUAUAUAUGCACUUUCAUAAACAUGUAGAAUAAACUGUACAAG